UGAUCCACAAUUUCUUCAAGCUCUUCAGAAAGUACUCUCAGUUAACUUAACACAAGAAGAGAAUUGCCUUGCUCUUGACAAAGCCUUAGAAACACUUGGAGUAAAGUUUCUAAAAGAGAACAUGACUGUCGAGUAA